GAGAGAAGCUGUUGGGCGCGGAAGAGGAAAGUCAAGCGAGCUGAAGAGCUUCCUCGCUGAACGUGCUGACUGAUGGAUCUGCCGAUGAAAGUCUUUACUGGGUGAGGACAGAUCUACAGUCAAAAUGCUGCACAUGAAAAUUAAAACUGAGAAACCAGAUACUGAAGGUGCUGGUGCCCGAAAUCGACUUGAUGCAGUGUUACAAGGGCUGGUGGAGAAAAGUGACAGUGAGAGGGAUCAGAAUGAAGAAGAUGCUGGAAAAAUGGUUGCAGACUCAAUGGGCAAGGAUUUAUCCCCUUCCUCUAUUGGGAAAAGGCCAUCAUCUCGUUUUCCGCAACACCGGAGAAAGAAGCGCAAAGAGAUGGACGAUGGCUUAUCCGAGACAAAUCAGCACAAACAAAAUGCAUACAUCAUCAAGCUGUUUGACCGCAGUGUGGACUUGGCCCAGUUCAGUACCAGCACCUCACUCUAUCCCAUCUGCAGAGCCUGGAUGAAGAACAAUCCCUCUGUCCGAGAAAGAACUACUGCUAGCCCACCCCACAGCAUGGGAGAGGAAGAGGUAGCAGACAUGCUAAAUGGAAAAGGUCAAAACAUAUACCGUCUUCCACCUCCUGUUUCUCCUCCAGUUAACGAAUCUGGAGAUCCUGUCAACCUGAGGGUCCCACCUGUAGAGAAACCCACAGUAAGCCAGACCAUAGACAGCACAUCAGGGGCUGCUUCUCUCAUGUUCAACCACAUGAAACGCUGGAAGAAAAUUAGACAAAAGUGGAAAGAGGCUUCUAAUAAGAACCAGCUACGUUACAGUGAGAGCAUUAAGGUCCUGAAAGAGAUGUAUGAACGCUAGCUGACCCUCGUUCUCUGGAACAGAAGACAGAAAUGGACUAAAGGCUUCCCGUUUCAGCCAUCCAGAAGUGAGGCUACACAUUUAUAGUAAAUGUGAAGGUGUUAAACAGUUAGAGCAAAAUAAGGAUUAUCUAGAAAAGUGUGUAGUUAUUAACAAGGUCGUUUUCAAAAAUGUCUGAUUGGUGAUUUGAAUUGGUGAUUUUUUUUUUUUUUUAUGCAUUGUGCUUUAGUUGUAAAAGUGCUGACAUGUUUUCCUUUAGACUGUAGUCUCAGCUUCUCCCUCUUUUAUUUCCUGUCACACAUCAGUACAGAGCCAGGCAGAUAAACACUUGUUCUGAAACCUGGUGAGAACUUCUAAUGGGGAGGAAAAAAAAUAAAAGGUUGACCUUUUCCGUG